UUUAGUCUUACCGAUAGAUGGCGCUUAUAUUCUAUUUUUUUGUGCUAAUCCUUCCGGCGGACAAUUUGAAGCUCAUUAUUUUGUCGAGGAAAUUGCGGGAGAUUUUAGUCAAUUUGAUAGGAAUUUUUCUUGACCAGCGAUGUGGCUGAUCUGAUAGCUGGUCUAUGCCUUUUGAAAUUUGAGAGCUGACCAAGACAAUUAUCUACACAAUGACGACUGCGCCAGAGAGAAAGUACACAGCGCUACGUAAGAGGCUUGAUCAACUUGGGUACCGACAGGCUCUGGGUAUAGAGUCUGUGCCGCUUGUUGAGAAACUAUUCAGUGAUCUCAUUCAUACCACAGAAAGUCUGAAGAAUGCCAAAUUACAGGCAAAUAAGACCGUAAGAGAAAAGGGCAACUGGGAGGACCAGCUUGAACCCUAUCGCAGUGAGAACACAAAGCUAAUCAGGGAAAACAACGAGCUUCACACACAGCAUAUCCGUCUCAAAGAUGAGCUUGACGCUACAUCCAAAGACCUCAAGAGUACGAUAAGGAAGCUUGAGCAUGAGAAUGCGGACCUGCGCUUCCUGAACUCGCAAUACGUCCACAAAGUCCGAGCCCUGGAGAAGGAAUGCAAGUCCAGGAAUGAUCGUAUCAGUGACCUCCAGGAAAAGAACUUUCACGCCGUAGUCCAAACUCCAGGUGGACGCAAGAAGAACAUUCCUUUCAGACGUCAGCGUAUGGAUAUUGAUUGCUCUGUCCCUCCGCCCAAGUUUUACUCCACCACCCCUCCACCCGGAGUGGACGACCCCUACGUUGCAGACCUGAUUCACGUUGCCGAUGAGAAACUUGAUAACAUGCAGAGGGAAGUGGAUGAUGUGAGGGACCAACAUGAAGCAGACCAGAGGGCCAUCAAGAGCCUUCGGAAACAGGUUGACAACCGGGAUCAAGAGAUAUCCCGGCUGAGCCGUCAGCUAGAGGGCGGUAGACCUCUUGAUGUGAUGUCAACGGAAGCCAAGUACCGCAGCAAUGAAAGGCUUGUUUCCCAUCUCAAUAUCCAGAUCGAGUACCUUCAGCAAGCAAACCGUGAGCUCGACCGCGAGUUAAAAGACACACGCCUGGCACGUGAGUCGGCCAUCGAGGAGAACAUCGUGCUCACGGGUCGCAAUGACGAGCUUGCGGGAGAGCUCCGUGAUGUGGACAGGCUCGCCAAACGGCUGCAGGCGGACAAGAACAGCGUCGUGACCCUUGCGGAUAAGGAUCUGUUUGAGGCUAAGGCGGAGAUCAGAGGAUCAACGCGGGAGAUCAAAGACCUAGAGGUGGAAGUAGAGCAACUGAGACAGGAGAGGAAGAAUCUUCUGGAUGAUAUUGAUUCACUGAGGACAGACGGUGCUGUCAAACACCAGGACCUCAAGAGGCUUCAGAAUCUGACGGACAAGAUCCAGGAAGACAAGAGGAAACUUAGCCAUCAGGUCAACAAACUCACCUCAAAUGAGCGGGAGUUGGUUCUCGAGCUGGAGAGGAUGCGCAAGAAGGUCGGAGGAGGAGGGGGCAAAUCCAAGAAGGGCGUAGCCCCUUCCUCCAAGGUGGAGAACUACAUGAAGGCCUUGGAGGAGGAGAGAGACUACUACAAGGGGGAAGUGGAGGUGCUGAACAGGAUCAUACGGAACAAAGGGUUACCCUCCCCCACCCUGUCAUCGAGCAGGGGUAGGAGCCCCAAGAGGAGCGGGAGCCCUGGGAAGGGGAGCAGGACUGGGAGCCCAAGCAGGUCAUCAAUGGCAGCUCAGGAUGCAAAGAAUAAGAGUGUCACCCACUAUGAGGCUAUCAUCAGGGUGCUGGAAGAUGAGAAGAGCUUUUACAAGAGGGAAUACGAAACCCUCAAGGUGCUACGAGUAGCUCAGCAGGCCAGCCCUGCUAAGAAAGAUGUCACUUCUUCGUUUAGAGACUUGAGCAUUGCUGACGAAGCUGAGAUGGUGAAUCUGAAGAGAGAAAGGAACGAGCUUCAAUCGCUCGUGGACAAGUUUGAGAGACACAUGUCUGAGAUUCAAACCAAUGUCAAGGUCCUGACUUCAGAGAGAGAUAAAGUCAACUUGUUAUAUCAACAGGCUAACGAUGAGCUGCAAAGAUUGCGGCAAGAAGUUCUCAAAACCCCACAGUCCUCCCGAGCAUCCCUAGCGGCCCAGUCCAUCCUGAGGAGGGUGGAGAACGAGAGGGACGAUGCCGUAGCUGAUUUACGUCGCAUAACAACAGAGAGAGAUAGCCUGAGAGAAAGACUGAAGAUAUCAACAGAUACUAACCUGAGUGACAAGGCAAGGCUAGAGCAGAGGGUGGAGGAUCUAGAACACCUCUUGUUAGGGGCGGAGCAGGAGCGGAACAGCAGUCAGUCCAGGGUGUCGUCCAUGCAGGCUAUGAUUGUCACUCUAGAGGAGCAAGUCCGCAUCCAGGUGUUCAAGAUAGAGGAGGCCAAGGAAGAUGCAUCAGCAAGCAAGGCUCAAGCUUCCAAGCUCAGAUUGAUCACAGAUCAAACAGAACAUUCGGUAGAGGAAUACCAGCGGAGGCUUCACAUAAAUUCAAACAAUUUACAGAGUGCGGAGGAGAGGAUUGUGAGACUAGAGGAGCGAAUAACUGACAUGAAUGCCAACAACGCUCUCCUGCGGGAGGAAAUCAACGAGCUUCGAGGGACAGUAUCCGCCAUCGACAGGGAGAAGGAUGGCAUACAGAUGGCAGUGGACGAGAAGACAGAGAGGACCUUGGACCUUGAGAGGGAACUCAUGGACCGAGGUCGGACCAUCGCUGACCUCAGGGCAACGGUCAGCGACCUUGAGGCAAGAUUAGAGCAAGCAAUUAACGAUCUCGGCAGCAAAGAUCGUGAGAUCCGCAGCCUGCGGCGUCAGCUGGACUCGACGAGAGACGAGCUGACCGAUGCCUCCAGAGGGCGGGAUGUCACCAUACGGGAGAAUCGCAGACUGCAGGAAGAUCUAGCAACCAUGACCAGAGAAAACCAGACUGUAAACCAGGAGUUGGAAAGUAUAUUGGAAGAGAAGGUAACACUCAAGACUCAAGUUCAGGACUACAUCGCAGAAGUAGCUCGUAUUGAAGACAUGCUUGCAGGAAAGGAUCGAGAGAACCGGGGUCUACUUGACAACUAUCGAACCGCAUCCGCUGAGGCACAGCGCUGGGAGACGGAGGCUACGGAGAGGACCAGCGAAAGUUCCAACAUGAGGCUUGAACUGAUGGCCAAGGAGACGGAGAUGAAGAGACUACGAGAGAGGAUGGACGAGACGGAGAGAGAUGUCCAUGAGCACCUGUCCACCCAGCAGACGUACGAGAUGCAGAUCUCCAACCUGACCCGCUCCCUCUCCAACAUGGAGGGCAACGUGCGCCAGCUCCAGGACGAGAAGGACUCCGUGGUGCAGGAUCUAGCCGCCGUGAGGGAGCUGUGCGUCAAGCUUGACUCCACCAAAGAGUCACUCUCCAGGCAGCUGACUACCAAGAAUAUCGACUAUGAACAGGCCGAAGCGAGAACCGAAGACCUGAAGAGAGAAGUGGAGAUGCUGCGAAGCCAGGUGGGCACCGAACGCACGACCGUCAGGAACCUGGAGAUGCUGAUUGCAGGCAACAGGGAGAAGGAGUUCCAGGUGCAACUGGACAAUCAGGAACAGAGGUCCGAGCUCCAGCUGAUCAAAGACCGCUUAGCUCUAGCAGAUAGCAAGAUACAAACUCAAUCUCGAGAGAUCCAGACGCUAAGAUCAAGGUCAUCCCAACAAGAGUCUGAACUAGAGAGGGCCCGCAGACAGUUGACAAGUGAAAGAUUUGAAAAAGAGCGGCUCGGGCAGGAGAUUCGUCGCAGCACAUCCCACUCCAUGUCUACCUCCAACGCCAGCGCGGCCAACGUGAGCUUCGAGAACCAGAGAUCAUCCACCCUCAGGACCACCACCCUAAGCUCCUCCACCUCCAGACGCACCUCCAGCAGCCCCCAGCAGCACGGCGGGGGGCGCUCCACCACCCCCAUUAGCCAGAUCAUCUCCCCCGAGCGCUCCCAGAGGAAGUCGCCGGAAAGGUCCAUCCUGAAGGGUUCGUCGUAUCGGUCCCGGUCACCAGAGAGAAGAUGACAGAAGAUGACAGAAUGAAGAGGCUUCUUCCGGAUAUGGAGUAUACGCCAGAAGAUCGUCACCUUUGCUGCUUUAGAAGUUGGGCCACUUUUUACCAGUACACCAUCUUGCCAUUCAUACCUUGAUGUCGUUCAAAUUUCAAAUCGUUUCCAUUCCGUAUCAGGUUGAAUUUCAUGUGCUCUUGGCACAAUUCUUAUUAUUUUAAUAUUUGGUAAAUGUAAAUUCUAUUUAAUUUAUUGAUUCUUAAAGGAGCUAUUGUUGUGGUGUAUUGUUUUGACUAUCGGUUCCAGGAUGCCAAAUAAGAAUUGAUUUGAAAAGGCUCAGUAUGACAUCAUGAAUUGAAUGUCCAGUGUAUUUGUAUUUAUUUUGGUUAAAGUUCAUGGAUGAAUAUUUACUUUUUUUUUUAUAGAUUUGUCACAGUGAACUGAAUACAAUGCACAAUGUAUAGUCAUCCUUGUAGAAUUGUUCAACACAUUUUGGUGAUAAAAAUGUUUCAGAUGAUGUCUCAACAUAAUAAUAAAAAAUCAAAAAAUGAUAAUAAGGAUAACAAAAACGGUGCUUAUAAAGCGCUCACCACCAAAGUCUCUAAUGUGAGCACAAUCUUGUCUCCUAGAAUUUACCCCCCCCCCCCGACAUUCUACCACCAACUUUCAGCAAGGGCAAAUAAUGUGGUGCUUACUUAUGGUAUUUGGGGGAGAUGAAAAGUUCUAGUCUUUUUUCUUUUUCUUUCUCUCUCUUUAUUAAAAAAAAAAUCCUCUUGGGAUAACAAGUUCCUUAAAAAAAUGAAACGGGUAUAUUCUGAAGGGUUUAUACUCCACCUGCGAUGUUGAAAAGUGAUAUACAUUUUAAGAGCACAUAUCACUUUUUCAGUCAUCUCGACACAUUCGUAGUUUCUCCAGUAGGGGGACAGUAGGAGAGAUACAUGAGGAGAUAAACAUGUAUUUGUAUACUUGACAUGUACCAUUACCUUGUACAUUGAAACCUGUCUAUAAAGACCAGCCAAGGGAGACAAGAAAAGUGGUCUUGAUAGGCAGGUGGUCUUUAUGUACAGGUUUCUCUAGUACAUGUUUCAAUGAGAAACCAUUUCCAAGGGAAACAACAGAUGUGGUCUUUUGUAGACAAGUGGUCAUUCUAUACAGGUGGUCAUUGAAGCAGGUUUGACUGAACAAUGCUAUGGUUUCAAGGAUGGAAUAUAAACCCUCUGCCAAGGAAACCUGGGGGUGUUUCACAAAACUUGUCAUCAGUGAAAAAUGACGUUUUUUUUUUUACAAGCUACCGAAAUCCUUGCUUCUGAUUGGUUAUUAGCAGAUUUGUCACUGUUUUUUGUCAUUUGUCAUUGCAAAAAAGGCUUUAUGAAUCUGGUCCCAGGUUACUCUGCUAUCAAACUUGAGAUUCCUGAAACGAUCAGUGUGUGAAUACUGUACCUCUUGUGUGUGUGUUACUUUCAAACAUGAAGUGCAUUUUCUUGUUUGUUAACCCAAAAAACAAGCAUGAAACAGAGAAUCUACCAGUGGUGUUUCAUUGUGGUGUGAAUAUAAAUUAUCAAUAUUCUGGCAUGAAUCAUAUUUCCAACUGUGAUUUUGGAAAAUAUUGUUUGGACUGUCAAUUCUGCAUUAUUUACAUUUCCUAACAGUUUUCUCUCUGUUAUGCUUAGUAAGAGGCUAAAAUAAUAAAAAUGUAUGUGCUCCCCGUCCAGUAUUACACACAAGACCCAUUUGCAUUGGGUAAAUUCCAUGCAUUAGGGAAUGGCAAUUUUAGACAAUUUUUGUGUUUGACAAAAAAAUAUACAAAUUGAUGAUAUCAUAUAUCAAUUUAUAUGAGAUGCUUUCACAACAAUUGAGUUUCCUACCAAAGAGUUUCAAAUAGCUUCGUUUACGGAAUAACCAAAAAGUGACCUGUGUCGUUCUGUAAUAAACGUUUAUAAACUUCAAUAUUUCAUCAACUUGGUGAAUCGUUGAUAGCCAACCCAAAUUGUUUUGGAAGUACCUUAUAUCAGGUAAUACAGUCAAACCUGUCUAUAGUGAGUUAGCAACUGCCCAAGGGAAACACAAGAGUGGUCUUUGUAGACAGGUGCUCACUAAAGCAGGUUUGACUGUACAUCAUUUAAUUAUAUUCUUUAUUCAAAAUAGAAAGAUUUCCUGGGACUGUAAUUCCAGAACACUUUGAAUUGACCAUAAUUGUCAAUUCAGUUUUCCAAUUAGACUACAUGUAUCGCUUGUGAAGAAUGUACAUGUAUAUGUAUUUGAUUGUUUUUUGCUGUUAUAAAAGUCUAUCAUGUCUCAUCAGUAUUUAAUGUUGCUACUUGCCCUCAAGAAAAGUAUUUCUCAAGCAUUGGGAAGCAAUACAACAGACCAGUAGCCUUUUUUGGACUAGUAAGUUGUACAUGUAAUAGAGAAUAGUAUUUUAGGAUAUGGAGACUUUAACACAGGGUAUACAGUACUAUUGACCAAACAGUCUUUGUUCUAUUUCUGUGCCUUGUAGCGUAUUUCUUGUGUGUGUGUUACUCUGGAAAUGAUUUUGGUGAUAGGAAUAUCAGAGUUAGGCUAGGGAGCGAGUUUGUGUUGAUUUAAUUGAAUUGGAUAAUUUGAGAAGUAAUUGGUGGAAUACUAUUAACUGGUAAUGUACAAAGUAAAUCGGUUAUACAAUCUUUGUUUCCAGCUUUCCAAGAAUACAGGACAACUAUCGCCCCCAAUUCCCAUUCAGACACCCCCCCCCCCCCCUUGUCAUCUACCCCAGGUAGAAAGAUAACCCCUGUACAAAUACUUGAGAAGGUGACUUUGGGGUUAAAUUUGUCAAGUUCACAUACCAAGUAUGUUCAAAUUUAUCACAAUCGAACCAUAUCUACUCGUCUACAAACAAAUUAAUAGAAAUGCAAUUCUGUAUUCAUUGGAGGUCAUGUGCUAGGCAGUGUCCAGAUAUCCACACCUUCCAUAUUUCUAUUCUGAAGAUUUAGGUGCAGGCAUUAAUGAUCAAUAUACUUUAUCAAGGAAUAGAUAUUUUAAAAGAAAAUUCUGGAGUUAAAUGUAUUUCAAUGGAAUUGUCACUGUGUGAUAAAAUAUAGAAUGCUUUGAUUAAGUCCUUUUGGAAAAGUGUUUUAGAAUGUUGAAUAGAUAGUGAGUGCCCAACAAUAAAUACUUGGAUGUGUUUAUUAACCUUUGUAUAUACUGAACAUGUCAGCCUUUUUCAUAUGUAUUAUUUUCUUUUUAUAAUUCUAGUCUGUAAAUAUCAGAUUCAUACAAUGCCAACAAAAUUGUACAAAGAUGUAUUUAUGUUUAUUUGUAUAAAAGUUGUUUGUCAUGCCAAUAUACAUGUAUAUUGUAAUGUAAGUUGAUCAAUAAAUUGCAGUGAAUUUUAUUACUACACUAAA